AUGUUGGGCAGGGCGCCGGCACCAACAGGGAGGCAGCAGCACCCAGGGGCCCGCCUGCAAGGAGGGGCCCCUGGGGGGGAGGGGCCCCUGGAGGGGGACGGCCAACAGGGCCAAGAUGGAGCGAGCCAGGAGGAAGCAGAGGAAACACUGGAGGAAGAGUGGGGGAGGGACAGAGCGAGGGGAACCUCUGGAACUCAGCCUCCACUCCAGUGUGGGCCUCAGUAUCUGGGCCUCAGUAUCUGCUCCAGUCUGGGCUUCAGCCUCUGGGCCUCAGUCUCUGGGCCUCAGUCUCUGGGCUUCAGUCUCUGGGCCUCAGUCUCUGGGCCUCAGUCUCUGGGCUUCAGUCUCUGGGCUUCAGUCUCUGGGCCUCAGUCUCUGGGCCUCAGUCUCUGGGCUUCAGUCUCUGGGCUUCAGUCUCUGGGCCUCAGUCUCUGGGCUCAGUCUCUGGGCCUCAGUCUCUGGGCCUCAGUCUCUGGGCCUCAGUCUCUGGGCCUCAGUAUGUAG